AUGACACGACAAGCGGCUGAAUUCAAGGGUCAAUUUGUGGGUAACUUCAAUUGCGAAUACGAGUGUCGUUAUGAUAGCGUUGGUGCUGCUAACACAAAAUCGUGGGGUCGUCGUUGUGGUCGAUGUUGUUGUUGUUGCUGUCCAUGGGGACAAUGCUUGUUCCAUCAUCACAGAUGCUGUCGACGUCGCAGACCCUGGCCACCGAGACCAUGGCCACCAUAUCCAGAGCCACCCUACGACGACAGUGGUGAGGACAAUCACUCACCUUGGGACGAUGGUGAGAUUGGUUCGAGUAAAGGUGCUGGCGGACGAAGAAAAACGCCCACCUCAUGA